UUUUUUUUUUCUCAUUAACCUAGUAACUUGUAAGCAUCUUCUUAUUUAUCGCUGCAGAAUUGUAAAUAUAGUAAGUUAAUUCUCGUUCAUUAUCAGAAUGCAUUGUAUCUGCUUAACGACACGAAACUCUUCAUCAUCCUCUGUAUUCUGCACGGAAACCUAUAUCUAUUCGCCCAACCCUUACUCAUAAAAGUAGAAUCUAUAAUUAUGAGCUCUAUAGCAAAAUUAUUUGUAGAAAAAGCGAUUGCAAGCAAUCCGAUUACCGUCUUUAGCAAAUCUUACUGUCCCUACUGUUCAGCGGCAAAAAAAACCUUAACUGACUAUACUGCUCCUUUCAAAUCUUAUGAAUUAGACUUAUUAGAUUCUGGAUCCGAAGUUCAAGCAUAUCUUAUGGAAAAGACGAGCCAAGGAACUGUCCCAAGCAUCUUCUUCAAGAAUGAAUUUAUUGGGGGAAACUCAGACCUUACAAGGCUUCGUAAUAAUGGAAAGUUAUCGACGAUGCUUGCUAAAUUACAACAAGCCUCUGAUUAAUCCUGUGUAGCCUUAAUCAUGAAGAAUACAGAGAAGUUGUGCCUUUAUUUAGAAGAUUCCUUAUUUGUUUCAUCAUGUAUCAUCAUUAUAUCCCUAUUCCACGAAUUUAAUCCAUGUUUUAGGCAAUGUGAGCCCUACUGGAGAUCAGUCUUUGUGUCUUGUCAGCUUUAUUUAUGGUCUAGUUACCAAUCUUAACUUCUUACUUUAUAAAACUUUAUACACAUGAAAUAGUAAGCCAAGUUUCGCCUUUAACUAAUC